UAUUUGCUAUUAAAGUUGCGCUUAUUGCUUCAGUACCAAAUUGUCUCGGGCCCCUUUGAGAGUUCACCUUCUGAUUGAAUGGGUUUCUGGAUACAUGGCUGCAAGAUUACACACUCCUAUUCAGUACUCCAAGCCAGAUGGGUUGGUUUCAUUUGAUGUACCAACCUCUCUCUACAGGAGCAACAUAAACCAUGAACAUGACCAACCAGGCCACCUUCAUCUGAAGGACCCCAGGAUUGCUGAGCUUGUCAAUCUGCCAGAAUUUGCUGGACCUGAGUCACGUUACUGUCCAGCACGUGUAUAUGAGUAUGUCCCAGAUGAGAAAGGCCAGCAGAAGUUGCAAAUCUAAUCUCAAAAUUGCCUGCACUGCAAGUCUUGUGAGUUGAACUUUUCACAGGCAUGUGAUAGAUAUCAAGGAUCCAAGACAGAAUAUUCAGUGGACAGUGCCAGAAGGAGGUGGUGGUCCUGGUUAUUCAGUGAUGUAGAUAGAUAUUCCCUGUUUUUUUUUUUUUUUUUUAGUUCAUAUUUUUGUAAAAGUAAUAAACUUUAGAUCUUAUCGAAAAUCAUAAUAAAUUAAGAACUUCAGAACUUUUUUAUGGAUACUUUCAUAACUAGUUUACUUCGCAGCUGCUAAUCCUGAUGUUUCUGGGAAGAAAAGGGUAUGGAUCUGUGUUUUUUUUCACAAUUUUACUAUAGAAGCGUUUGCUCA